AUGUCUCAAACAAGUCCGAUCUUACGUGCAUUGUCUGCGGUCACCGUUAUUGGUGCUUUAUCGGCAACAGGUUAUAUCAUAUACUUCGACUAUCAAAGAAGAAAUAAUGCACAAUUUAGAAAGAAUUUGAAAACAAAUUUAAAGAAACAACAAAAAGAAACUAAAUUGAAAGAGGAAAAGGAAGCCAAAGAAAAUCUAUCCAAAGUUUCUACAUUUUUAAUUGAGGAAUUAAAGAAAAAUCCAAUUGAUCCAACUCCUUCCAAGAGAGAGGAAAUCUUCACUUCAUCCUUAGAGGAAGGUGAACUCUUGGCAACAAAGGCUAAAAAUGAAAAUGAUCAAUUAUUAGCUGCUUCCAAAUUUUAUAGAGCAUUAUCUGUAUAUCCAAAUCCCUCUGAAUUAUUGGAAAUUUAUCAAAAGACUUUACCUUCUUCUGUGUAUAAUUUCGUUGUGUUAAUGAUUGCCAUAUUACCUCCUAGUAAUGUUUCAAGUUUCUUAAAUGGGUUGGGUGAAAAAAUGAAUGAUUUGAAAAAUCAAGCUGAAACUUUAGCUGAAAUUAAUGAUAUUGAUGGGUGA